CCAACUCUUAAUGGGAUGCAAAAUAUCUUACAAAAUCUUUUAGACUCGACAUGACACUGAAAAGGCUAUAUAGCCUAAGAAGUCGCUCUUUCUUCUUCUCUCUUGCGGUCUUGCCAAACCUUACAUUUUCUACAAUCACUGAUUUCAGUGGCCUUUGCUUUUAUCUCCUAGUAAGUUUCAAUAUCUGUUCUUGUGCUCUCCUGAUUCUUCCUCAAGCUAGUAGAUUUGAUUCUUAGCUUUUCGGUUGGGAAUCUUAGAACAUUGUUGAUUGUGUAAAGGAAAAGACCUCAGUAACCGAUGAAGUUGAUAACUUUCAAAUCCUUUUGUUCAGAUUUCUUAUACAAUCGAACUUGUGUGUUUGGUUUUUCAGGUUGUAACUCAGUGUUGUUGAAAAAGAUGAAUCGUGGUGGUUGUAGAGAUGUUAUCAGCGGUUUACCAGAGGCUCUUAGUUGCCACAUCUUGUCUUUCCUUCCCACUAAAGAAGCUGCUUCUACUUCUGUUCUCUCCAAAAAAUGGCGGUAUCUCUUUGCUUUCAGACCAAAUCUUGAUUUCGAUGACUCUGUUUAUCUGAAUCCUGAGAAAGAGAAAAAGAUUCCUAUUAGUCCUAGAGAUUUCAUGGCAAUGAUUGAUGAAAGAGAGAAUAGGAUUUCUACAAGUUUUAUGGAUUUUGUGGAUAGAGUUUUGGCAUUGCAAGGCAAUUCUCCAAUACACAAGUUCUCUCUAAAGGUCAGAGAUGGUGUUGAUCCGGUUCGUAUCAAUUCUUGGAUAGACAAUGUGUUGGAACGAGGUGUAUCCAAUCUUGAUCUAGACAUUGGUUUGGAAUCAGAGUUUCGGCUUUCUUCGAAGAUCUGCUUGAGCAAGACACUGGUCAGGCUGAAACUAAAAUUUGGAUAUAGCCCCUCCUUUGAUGUUGAAGAUGUUCAUCUCCCAAAGCUUAAGACUCUCUAUCUUGACCCAGUCCAUUUUGAAAAGCAUGGUGUUGGGCUUACCAAGCUUCUUUCUGGUUGUCACAUGCUUGAGGAUUUAGUUCUGAAUGAUAUAUCUUGGUUUAUAUGGGAUUUUGCCUCUGUGUCUGUCACAACUCUCAAGAGGCUAACGUUUUGCUGGGAAGAGAGAGGUGAGAAUCCAAAGAGUGUGUCAUUAGAUACUCCGAAUCUUGUCUACUUGAAGUUUACUGAUACUAUUGCUGACAAGUAUCCAAAAGUGAAUUUCGAUUCACUUGUUGAAGCCCAUAUCGAUCUUCGGAUGUCAGAGGAGCAGAUGGCUUUGACAUAUCUUAUAGAAGAGGCAAGUUUUGCAGAUUUACAGAUACAUUACUCUGAAGGUCAUGGGGAAAAUGAUUUGAUUGGCAAUGCAACAACUUUUAUAAUGGGAAUAUGCAAUGUGAAGAUCCUUUCUCUGUCUGCCAACACUCUUCAGGUACUUACUUACAGUUGUGAAGCCAUACCGCUAUUCAACAACCUGACUCAUUUAACUAUCGAGAGUAAUCCGACAGAAGGAUGGCAGUCAUUGCCGGGUUUGCUCAAAAAUUCUCCAAAUCUAGAAACCCUUAUCUUCCAAGGACUACUCCACAAAGCCAUGAAUAGAUGUGGAGACGUGUGCUUGUGCAAACCUUGUGAGGAGGGGAUUCCUAGUUGCCUAUCUUCAAGCCCGGUGAAGGUUCUAAAGAUACAGAAAUUUGGUGAAAUUGGUGAUUACUAUGAUGACAUGGAGAAGCAGAGAGAGCAGAUCAAGCAUUUCUUGGAGACAAUGCCAAAUCUUGAACAAAUGAUAUUGUACUACAAUACACCAAUUGAUGAAGAUGUGAUUGAGCUUCAAGACAACUUGAGGCUAGUUUCCAAAGUAGCUUCAUCGAAGUGCAUCGUACAAGUGAUCUCUGAUAACCUCAGCUUGUCAUCCACCAUAUCAACAAAUGGUCUCCUCUUCUCGAGGAGUCCCCUUGCCGUUUAAAGAUUAUCCUCCUUUUUUUUUUAUCUUAGAGAAGAUUAGCAAAGCUAUGGGAGUACAGCUUGUAGUUGCUAAAAUUAUCUUCUCUUGUUUCGUUCGGCCUUAUUUUGUUCUAAAGACGUGUGUUUUUUUAGGCUUUGUCCUUUUUGGCUGACAAUGUUAACUUUUUGUUUCAGUUCUUAAUGUUGUGUUAAGUGUUCCUGGGAAAGGAAAUGUAAACAUGAGACCGAACUUGUCAUAGUAGUUACUUUGCAAAAGAA